AUGGCUCUACAAGACCAUGCGCUCUGGCGGCUUGAAACCGAGGUGAUUGCGAAAACGAAGGAGAAGGAGAAGCCCGGCACGGAUGCAUUGCCGGCUACCUAUUCCUACUACGAGGCUGCCGGAAGGCGGGCUGUCGCCCUCCGGCGGAUACGUGCCGGGGAAUCCCGCGGAGAGUGGCCCCUCGGCUUCCUUUACACGUACGCCUGUCUCGUAUCGUCGGAGAGCGACUUCUACGUCGCUAACGAAAAGCGCCUCUUGCCUUGCAUGGAAAACGACAGGCCACUGGAAUGGGCAGACUGGAAGAUUCUGGCCAGAGAGCUUCUCCGAAUCUCCGCCUCUACCCGCAUCAAUAUCAUCCACCGCUUCACCAGCCUCCCGCUCUUCAACCAGUAUCUCCGCGGCCGACACAACUACGGCAGCCUCUUCCGCGACAACCUCACUUGGUUGACCACCGCCACCGUCUUCGUCGCCCCGGUGCUGACCGCGAUGCAGGUCGGUCUCGUCAUGGAACGGCUGCAGGGAAACGCCGCCUUCCAGCAGGCGUCGUACGGCUUUGCCAUCUUUGCUUCUCGCGCACGUAGACUGAGAGGACGGGGGAAGAUCACGGUCGCGAUGGAAUGGCAGCGCUUGGCUUCAACGACAGAAAUUCUUCAAGAGGACUGCUCGACCCUCAUCAACAUCAAGAAAGCGACUUGA